AUGUUCAACGUUUGCUUGGACAAUAUCAGUUGGAAUUGUGGCUUAGCCGACUGGGCAAGGCACGACUGCGUCGGGAUCGCGAGCACCGCCCAGUUCAUCAGGGCACACCCCGACUCGGUCUGGUUUUUGCCAAUCUGUGACGAAAAUCACUGGUUCCUGGGAAGGAUUGCUGUGAAACAUGGAGCCUGGUCCAUACACAUUCACUUUCCUCAAGGAAGCUCACGGUCGCCGCUCUAACUUACGCUCUGGACGCACAAGUUUUCAAAGUACUUAAUCUCAACAUCGAUGUGAAUCACGGUACGACGACAAGGGCACCUUAACAACAAGAUACCUUCUCGUGCGGUCCUGCCAUUGUGAAUGUCGUCGAACACGAACUCGUACACGAGAAGGCGUUUGAUCCAACGCACGCGGCUCUAUCGCGAAUCCGUCAAUUUUGCCGCGCUGUCGACAUGAUCGAGGCCCAGGAGCCAAAGAUGCCCAACUUGAAGAGCACACAAAAACCACUCAUGACGAUCGUGAUCCAAUGA